AUGAAAAAGGUGGUAAUUGGAGAUGGGUCGUUGGAAAGACAACAAAUUAUGGAGAAAAAAUCUAUUGAAAAUGACACUUCAAGGUCAAAGGAACAAUCUAGGAGAAUUGUAGUUGUUGAAGAUGAGUCACGGGAAAAAAAUGAAAGUAACAAUAAGAAUCAACAACAAAAAAGGAAGAUAUUUGGAAAUGACAUUUCAAGGGCAAAUGAUCAACAAAGGAAAACGACGAAGUUCAACAUUACUGAGAGAGGAAAAAAAACAGUAUUUUCUCGAAUAAAUGAUGCUUGGAGACGGCACAAAUACUCUAUCAAGAGAGAUCAUUUCCUAAAGUACUCUAGUAUGAAGGAAAGAUUAAAGAACCGUCCAAAGAGUAUAUCUGAAUAUCAUUUCAAGAAAUUGUUAGUAUAUUGGAAAGAUAAUCAUGUACAAGAUAAACUUCAAGAAUCUAUUGAAAACUCAGUUGAAGUUGGAACGCAAGCAUUUCAAUCAUUGUUUGGAAAAGAAAAACCCGGUAGAAUUUCUGACAUGCCGCAAAAGAUGGGAGCAAUGGAGGCACUUUUGAAAAGCAUGUAUAUGCAACAAAAUCUACAUUUAAGUGAAGAGGAAAUAGAUGAUAAGAUGAGAGAAGCUUUGCACAAUGAUAAUAUUCCAACACCACCCUCAUCGACAUCAACAUAUGCUCCUGCUCAUCAAAAGUUUUUUAAGUUACUUAUUAAGUUAAUGGUUAGAAACAAAGAUGAUCCUCAAGAUGAACAAGAUGAUGAUAAUCUUCAAUAUGAUCAAGAUGAUAAUGAUCUUCAAUACGAUCAAGAUGAUGAUGACCUUCAAUAUGAUCAAGAUGAUAAUGAUCUUCAAUAUGAUAAUUUUCAAGAUGAUGAUUCUCAUGAACCUCAACACGAUGAAUAUGAUAAAGACCGCCAUUGA